UGAGUCACGUCCCAGGCCUGGAGUCGAGGAGCGAAGCGCCGCCUCUCCUUGGGCCCCUUCUCUCCCCCUUUCCCUUCCCCGCGGGUUCCUGCCCUCGCCAGAUGCUGCGCAGCCAUCACCGAUUCCCCAUCACCAAUUCGGCCGGAGUCUCCGAGACCACGGGCUCCCGUAGGCUCCCCGUGGCCCCGAGUUAUAGUCGGGACACCCCGACCGCGAGUGAUUGUCGGGUCUCCACGGGCCCAGGUCGCUGGGGCGGAUCAGGCCUCUCAGGGCGCCCCCCAAGGCCGCAGGCAAGAUGAACAUUCUGGCGCCGGUGCGGAGGGACCGCGUCCUGGCAGAGCUGCCCCAGUGCCUGAGGAAGGAGGCCGCUUUGCACGUGCGCAAAGACUUCCACCCCCGGGUCACCUGCGCCUGCCAGGAGCACCGGACAGGCACCGUGGGAUUUAAGAUCUCCAAGGUCAUUGUGGUCGGGGACCUGUCUGUGGGGAAGACUUGCCUCAUUAAUAGGUUCUGCAAAGACACCUUUGAUAAGAAUUAUAAGGCCACCAUCGGAGUGGACUUUGAGAUGGAACGAUUUGAGGUGCUGGGCGUCCCCUUCAGUUUGCAGCUUUGGGAUACCGCUGGACAGGAGAGGUUCAAAUGCAUUGCAUCCACCUACUACCGAGGAGCUCAAGCCAUCAUCAUUGUCUUCAACCUGAAUGAUGUGGCCUCCCUGGAACAUACCAAGCAGUGGCUAGCUGAUGCGCUCAAGGAGAAUGACCCUUCCAGCGUGCUUCUCUUCCUUGUGGGUUCCAAGAAGGACCUGAGUACUCCUGCUCAGUAUGUGCUAAUGGAGAAAGAUGCCCUCAAGGUGGCCCAGGAGAUUAAGGCUGAGUACUGGGCAGUCUCAUCUCUCACUGGUGAGAACGUGCGGGAAUUCUUCUUCCGUGUGGCGGCACUGACCUUUGAGGCCAAUGUGCUGGCUGAGCUGGAGAAAUCAGGGGCCCGGCGCAUUGGGGAUGUUGUCCGCAUCAACAGUGAUGACAGCAACCUCUACUUAACUACUAGCAAGAAGAAGCCCACAUGUUGCCCAUGAAGGGGGAGGAGACUGUCCAGAGACUGCCCAACCCUGGGGCACUGUGCCACCCUGACUUCCCCAGAGCAUGACCCCUAGACAUUUGCACUGACUGUUUUUCCAGACCAAAGAGCUGCCUCUUUGUGGCAGUGUCCCCAGAGGAGUAGCUGGGACCAUGCUAGUCACUUCCUGCCCCAAGGCAAUGCCAAAUACUGGAUGUCCCCCUAGUCCUCUGGGGGCUCUCCAGGCUGCCCAGCAGGUGCUGAGGGGAGUGUCUCUGCUGCUUUUGCUCAGCCUACUGGGCCCUUUGGAUAGGAGGAUGCUUAAUGAUUCCAGCCUCACUGUGCCUUAUGCAUUAAAAUCUCUUUGUUGUUAGCACUU